UAUUUCCAACGCAACAGCAAGCUAUCGGAUGUAAACAGAAGACUGAAAAGCCAGAUCUGGAGUUCAGUGGUGACCAUUGUACUCGUGGAGGGUCGCAAUCUUCUUCCAAUGAACAUGGAAGGAACAAGCGAUCCAUUUUGCAAAUUCAGGCUCGGCCAAGAGAAAUACAAGAGCAAAGUGGCUUACGGAACGCUCAGCCCCUCGUGGCUGGAGCAGUUUGACCUGCACAUGUAUGACGACCAGAGCCAGGAGCUCGAGGUCACGCUCUGGGACAAGGAGAGGUCAAAGGACGACUGCAUCGGCAGG